CCUCAUAUACUCACUCCUCAACUCUCCAAAUCCUGACCACCACAAAUGGAACACCUUUACGCCCUCGCCGGAAUAAUCUUCCCCUUUCUUUUCUUUCUCUAUGUUCUCUUCACUUCGUCCCGGAGAUCUGUCGCUCAUCGGAAGAGGAUCCCACCGGAGGCCGGUGGCGCUUGGCCGCUCAUUGGCCACCUCCAUCUGCUCCAUGCAGGAGACCCAACUCACAUAGUGUUGGCCAAAAUGGCAGAUGCCUAUGGGCCCAUGUUUACGUUAAGGUUCGGUAUGAAAAAGGCCUUGGUUGUGAGCAGUUGGGAAAUAGCAAAGGAGUUUCUUACCACAAACGACAGAAUCUUCGCCUCUCGUCCAAAGCUUGUGGCCUCAAAGCUUCUUGCCUAUGAUUAUGCGAUGAUGGGGUUCAGCCCAUACACUCCACACUGGCGCCAAGUGCGCAAAAUAGCCACGCUCGAGCUCCUCACUAACCACCGCCUCGAGCAGCUCCAACACAUCAGAGCAUUCGAGGUACAGCGCUGGAUGAAGGAGCUACACAAAAUGAGUAUUAAAAGCAAUGAAAGAGGUGAGAAAGUGGCGGUGGAAAUGAAGAAGUGGUUGGCAGACAUAACCCUGAAUACCAUAUUCAAGAUGGUGAUUGGAAAGCGAUUCUCCGCCAUCCAGCAUGGUACUGAAAACUUCCCCAAGGCGUUGAUCGAUUUCUUUGGAUUGUUCCAUAUAUUCGUUCCUUCGGAUUCGUUUCCGUUUCUGAGCUGGUUGGACUUGGGAGGACAUGAGAAGACAAUGAAGAAGACAGCCAAAAUAAUAGAUGAGGCGUUUCAUAAAUUCCUCCAACAACAUCGGGAGAGAAGAAACGACGGCGAAGCGGAGACGGCGGAGAAGGACUUCAUGGAUGUGAUGAUUGCUAGAGUUGAAGAAGAUGGACAACAUUUCAGCUACGAUGCUGAUACGAUCAUUAAAGCUACAUGCUUGAAUAUGAUAGUUGGCGGAUUUGACACAACCGCGGUUACCAUGACAUGGGCUCUUUGUUUACUCCUCAAUAACGAAGAAACGCUCAAGAAGGUCCAACUUGAAUUAGACGAAAAAGUUGGAAGAUCAAGACAAGUAAAAGAGUCUGAUGUAAAAAAUCUACCGUAUCUCCAAGCUAUUGUUAAGGAAACUCUACGGUUGUAUCCUGCUGUACCGUUAAUGGCCCCUCAUGAAUCAGUCGAGGAUUGCACAGUCGCUGGCUACCACAUCUGCAAAGGGACACGUCUCAUAGUUAAUGUUCAAAAGCUCCAAAAAGACCCACGUGUUUGGGAAGAACCUAGUGAAUUUCGUCCAGAAAGAUUUCUAACCGGCCAAAAGAACUUUGAUGUUAGAGGAUUAAGUCCACAAUUCAUACCAUUUGGAAAUGGCCGAAGGAGGUGCCCUGCAAUCUCCUUUGCCCUUCAAGUAAUGCAUAUCACACUUGCAAACUUUUUACAUGGGUUUGAAAUUGAGAGGCUAUCAGAAGAACUCCUCGACAUGGAAGAGGGUAUGGGAUUGACCAGUCUCAGAAAAGCUCCACUUGAAGUUGUCUUAACUCCACGCUUACCUGCCCAUAUUUAUGAGUAAUCUCGCAAUCGUAUUCUGUAACGAUAUUAAAUCGGACUUGUUAAUCUUUUAAUGCUUUAUCAUAUUUCUUUGCCACCG